AUGGACCCCGAAGAGCGAUGGAAUCAAAAUAUGCGGAAUCACCUUGAAGGCUUUGUUGACCUGCAGCUAUUGGAAAUACAACAAGAAGAAAUAGAAGAGAUGCAACGACUCGAUGAAGCAGAAAACUAUGGAGAACAGAGAAGACUAGAAAAUAUGUGCUUGCGUGAGGAAUGGGAACAAGCACAACUGGACAGAAUGGAUAGCCAAGCAACCACAUUCUCCUAUACAACAAUUAUCGAUCAAUUAAAACAAAUACAUCAGAUGCAUGAAUUAGAGACAGACGGCAUCCAACAACAAUUGGAGACAGUGAAUUCAGAACAACAACAGUGUCGUGUUUUAGAACAAGGCCUCCACGAUUAUCCACAAAACACCUGA